AUGAUGUUCCCAACACUGAUUGCCCUAUCCUUGGUGGCCAUCGUGGCUUCUGCAGCGGAUAAUUCGACGACGAAUUCAACCGUGUCCUCGUUCAUUGGGAAUGCGACCAGUACAUUCGCGCCCUUCCCGACGCCCUCGAUUGGGUCUCCUACGUUCAACGAGUCUGUUAUCGUGCCUAUUGGUAAUGGAAUAUACUCCUGCUUUGUCUAUGAAACGGCUUUCCCACCCGCCGCUACGGUUGCAGUGCCGUUCCCAAUUGCCACGGCUUCCAGCAUAGACACGAACGCAACAGAUUCAUUCAACGGGGCCGUCAAUAGCUCCAUGGUGUCGGUCACAUCCUUCGUCUUGCCUUCUGGCACGGCCGUCCCAGAUAACUCAACGGGUCUUCCCACUUAUCUCUGUGUGCCAAUUGCUGGAAACGAGGCCGAUAUUUUCCCCAAUGGCACCGCCAAUUCGUCCGUCAUUGCUACCCCGACUUUCGUUUACAACGGGACAUUCCCGUCUGCAUCUGCUGCUUGA